GGCAGCGUUAGCAGCGUUAGCAGCGUUAGCCAUUAGCAGCAUUAGCAGCGACACCACACGCUCCCCCCCCCCCCCCCCCCCCCCCAGCCAAACUCUUUUCCUGCAGAAAACGCUGUACGUUGUUUGUAAUACUCCGAUUUCAUCAAGAAGCAGCUACUGGAGACCAACGGACAACAAAUGAUUUCCGCUGACGACCACUGGGUCUUUUCAUCCACUAACCUGUCAGUUACACAUUAGCAGGCACCUUGUCCCCGUUUUAACAAGCUAUUUGCGUUUCUGUGGCAACAAAAAAGAAAACAAUAAUUACCUCUUCGGAAGAGUCCAUCUUUUUUUCACCAGCUGUCCUUAUUCACACAGAAUAAAAACCGUUUCCAACAGUGAUUAGCGUUGUGGAAACGCAAAUCACCGCGGCAGGUUGGGGGAGAGGGGGAGGGGGGACACCUGGGCGUACGUCAUGUGGAAGCGCCGGCUUUAUUGUUGUAAGAACGCAGAAUUCCGCUAGAGGGCGACCGAAGUUACGCACUAUAGCUUUAACGCACGUUCUACGCUUUUUACUGUCACUUAAACCUUUAAACUGCACGGAUGAGAUUGACUUCAUGCUUCAUGCUGCACAUUUGCUUUGAACUGUAUGUCUGGUGUCAUUUAUAUUUUUUCCCUUAUGAAGAACCGAUGACUCAGAAUGAAAGGGAAAGCAAAAAACUUCUAUUACUUAAUUAAACUUAUUAAAAAGCAGUUUUGUUCUUUUUUGUAAGCUUUUAGGAUGGUUGCUGUGGUUCUAUAAACGUUUAAUGGCUGGUUUUUACUUAUAUUAUUGUAUUUAUAUGUUGUAUAUAUAAAGACACCCGUUCAUAUCAGCCUCCACUCUCAACCCUUCCGAUAAUGCAAGAAAAUCAAGAUAAGAGCCAAGCUAUAGAAGAAAAUAAAAACGGCAAUGGUCAACUAGGGUUACUUUGCUGAUAGUCAAUGCAGUUUCCGUGGUCUUCAAGCAGGAAAAAGCCAAGAGUGUCUAUCCAAGUGUACUGUAGCAGAAAUCUUUCAAUUGGUUUCCCAUGGAGUGAUGCUUAUUCACACCUCCCAGUAAGAGGGGAUGUUAAAGGUGUAAUACAGGAUUUUGAUUUCCGGGUGGAUCACCUAAAUAAUUGGUGGGUCUGUUUGUCAAUCAUUCUGACGAGCUGGUUUCGUAAGGCGGUUCUACGUGCUUGCGCCCAAUGAGCUUCUCCCUUUUGCGUAUGCGCAUUCAGAGUGUUUAUGUAGCCGGUGAGCUUCUGAGCUAGUACUUACCUAUGGCGAGUCUGACAUAAUGAAACUGAAACUGUUUCGGAAAACAAGUUUUAUGUAUGAGUGACGCCGAUCGAAGAGGAGAUCGCGCUCGCACGCUUCCACAUUUCCUGGGAGAAGCAGGAGAGCCGGGCAGAUGGUCUGGCGCAUGGCGUUGUUCAAAAAGUGAGUAACAGACGUUUCACUUCGUCUUUUCGAGAAAAUCCUGUAUUAGACCUUUAACAACAAAAAAGGUGAAAGGGUGUACAAACUCAGCAUUACUAUUGGGAUGUUAUUCUAUUUAAUACGACAAACAAACCAUAUGUUUGAAUACUGGAUUAAAAAUACAUUUCAGUGAAGAGUGAAGCUUUUUUUUGUGGAAAUCUGGUGGAAAGUUAUGGAGCAAUCCGGGAAAAGUCAUUGAAAAUCAGAGGUGAAAAAGUGUAUGAAACCUGUUUGUCAUUCUCAUGAACAUUAAUGAAACCAUCUGCCAUCAAAAUCAUGGGAAUCAUUCUUCUUCUCUUGUCUACCUGCUGCUGAUGCUGCUGACACAUGACGUUGACCUCAGGGAGUUUUUUCCAAGUACAUGUUCUCCGUGUAGUGACAGACCCAGUGCUGGUGUAUCGGUAUGACUGUAGCUCUAACUUCAAACAUUUGAGGCUUCUGCUGGCAUGAAAUAUCUUUUUCUUUUGUCUCUGCAGCCAAGGCCGAUCUGGAGAUGAGGAACCAGAGGCAACAAGCCGGAUUGCACUUCAUGACACAGACCCUGGGGGGAGUGAAGGCACCGGCGAAUCACCGUGCAAAGUCUUUGUUUAUCCCCACAGGGAUUCUGAAAAACAUUAAUGAGGCUGGAUCAAUGGAAGACAUUGGCCUGUGUGGGUUUUCUUCUGAUUAUAGCUGCGUGUUUCCCAAAUCCUUCAGAGGGUCAGCAGCGGUUCACGGUGAACGUUACUCAGAAGGUACUCCAGGCGGAGGAGCAGAAAAACGUCUCGCUGACGCUGCUUUUCCCCUUGGACCCUGACGGACCCCCUCCACCACUGCAUGUGAACCUGAUGUACCCCAAAACUGUGCGGAGUGUCUACAAUUAUGACAGUUAUCCUGAGGCCAGGGAGUACGUCCAUAACGACUACCGUGACCGUCUGUGGUGUUUCAAGUUCCCCUCUGAAGGCCGGGUGGAGUGUUCCAUCGCUGACCUGAGGCUGAGCGACUCGGGCAGAUACGUCUGCAUCAUCGCUGCUGGUGAUAAAAGCAACUCCACCAGUUUUGAUCUCGUGGUUACAGCCGUCCAACAUCCGCCUGAUGAUGAGAAACUGGAGCCGCCAAGCCGGAGCCGGAUGGGGUUUUAUGUAUGUGUGUGUUUGAUGACAGUUGCUAUUGUUGCUCUUUCAAUACGUUGUUUCACUUUUAAUCCUCCCCAUGAGGACAGUCAGUGUUAAAGGGUCCAGGUUUUCAGAUUUAGGUUUGGAAACUACACAUUUCUUAAAUCUGUAGACGUCAUGUAUAUAGAGUUAUGUUUCCAGUUUGCAAAAACUACAUUGAAACUCUGAAUGUAGUGUUUUCAGCUGACGGAUCGCUACACAGUCUACCUCCGUUUGUUACAAGGCUGCUGUAAGGUCGCCAGUUAAAACACUGCCAGUUUCAAUGGCAUGAAUUGUGAAAUAUAUUAUUUCACCGUCUAGCCAGUCUGGUGAAUUUAGGCUAUUCAAUUCACUGAAGUGACCAGGCUUUAAUGUGGCAACUGCAAAACAAAGAUGAAAAGUGAAUUUUUUUGAAAAGCUGCCAAAUCCAAAAAGUGGGAAGUAUUAAAGCUAUCAUACCUCACUGUUAGCACUUUAUGAGAUGGCAGACAGAUUGAAGUGAAACUCUGUUGCUAUCGAGCUGUCCGAGUUUCAUAGAUGUGCCUGAGCUCGUCUAUACUAAAGCACUUUAAAGGAAUACUCAGAAGAUUUUGGACCCACGCCCUAUCCCUAUCAUUUACAAAGUGAGAUAAGCUCAUAAAUACCUUUAUUGUGUCCGUGCGUCCAGUGGCUGGAUCCCAGCUGUUAGCA